AUGAGACGAUGUCUUAACCAUUCGUGUUUCGUUGGAAGCGGUUUAAAUAUCUUUGGAGAUACUAGUGGUCCUGACAUUUCCAUAUCUGCUAUUCACAUGAUCGCAGACGCUCACGAAAUAUCUUAUGCUAAAUACAUUGGAGAUUGCUCCCAUAGUGGAUGGCAAACACACAAUUGUGGUCACAGUGAAGAUGCUGGUGUUGAAUGUCGGACAUGUAAGAGACUUAUUGAUGAAUUUCAAACACUUUUUCUAUGUGAACGACUACAAGGACCAAGAAGCAACCAAGGAAUAGGUCGGGUUGAAAUAUUCUACAAUGGACAAUGGGGAACAAUUUGUAAAGAAAGUUGGGAUUUACAAGACGCUGGGGUUGUAUGCCUUCAAUUUGGUUAUAGCAGUGCCGUUAGGGCUUUACAAGGAGGUUCAGUACCUGAUGGAAGUGGAACAAUAUGGUUGGAUGAUGUUGCUUGUACGGGUUCAGAAGCUAAUUUAUCUAGUUGCGCCCAUAGUGGAUGGCAAACACACAAUUGUGGUCACAGUGAAGAUGCUGGUGUUGAAUGUCGGACAUAUGCACCAGUACGACUACAAGGACCAAGAAGCAACCAAGGAGUAGGUCGGGUUGAAAUAUUCUACAAUGGACAAUGGGGAACAAUUUGUGACGAUAGUUGGGAUUUACAAGACUCUGGGGUUGUAUGCCGUCAAUUAGGUUAUAGCAGUGCCGUUAGGGCUUUACAAGGAGGUUCAGUACCUGAUGGAAGUGGAACAAUAUGGUUGGAUGAUGUUGCUUGUACGGGUUCAGAAGCUAAUUUAUCUAGUUGCGCCCAUAGUGGAUGGCAAACACACAAUUGUGGUCACAGUGAAGAUGCUGGUGUUGAAUGUCGGACAUGUAAGAGACUUAUUGAUGAAUUUCAAACACUUUUUCUAUGUGAAAUAGAAAACGUUUUAAUUGUACUAUGUGACAGUUCAAAAAAAAGGACUUUUGCGACUUUGUUUGUUAUACAACACUGCAAUAACUACCUUUUAAUUUGAACUUGCAAAGUAGUGAAUGAGAUGUAUAUGUGGCUAUCGUACAAUUGCAAUUAUUUCAAGCAACCUUCAUUUUAGUAUUAAUGAGUGUAUUUCGCUAAAAUAAAUUAUGAUUGUUGCAGGUGUAA